GGGACUGGGAUUCGGAGGGCUGGAGGUCCCCGGUGGGCUGGAGUCGGUGGGGUGGGAACCUUGGGAAGACCGGGGCUGGGGCGGCUGUUCCCCAGGCUGGCGGGGUCAGUGGGUUCCAGUGUGGACUGGCCGGGGUCAGCAGGACGGUGGUCCCCGGGAGGACAGGGGCUGCCCAGUACUGGGGUGCAGGGGGCCCUGGGCAGGGCAGGCUGAGCAGAAAAGCCUGGGGGCCCGAGGCAGGGGGACUGGGGGCCAGUAGGGCUGGAGGCAGAGGUGUAGGGCCUGGCCAAGGCACAUGGUGCUGGCUCACGGUGUGGCUGGGAGGCGCUGGGUGGUUUGGUCCCCUCGGCAGAGAGCUGGGUUCUGGCUACCUGCCCUGGGGCCCCUCUCCUGGGCAGGGGGAAAUGGUGUGGGGAGCUUUGCACUGUUGGCCAUGCCCACUGCAGCUCCUCACCUGCGCCGUGGUCCAUCCCUGUCACCCCACCUUGGCGGAGCUCAUGUGUGAGCUUUCCCUUUCCCCGGGGUUGCCAGUUCUGGGGCUGCUCUCCUGCCCAGUCCUCUUGUCUUGUCCCCUGCUCCAGCCCCUCACCCUGAGGCCAGGGCAGUGUGCUGCUGCCAGGCAAGGGCUAAAAGCAGACACAAAGCAUCCUCCUUCCUGUGGGGUCCUUGGAGAGAGGGCCUUCCACUGGGGAGACAGAGCAGCAGCAAGACCUCUCAGGGUGCUUGACCACUGGAGGAUGGUGGCCCUGAUGGGAUGGGUUUGUGUCCGUGGUGCCAGCUCGUGCCACCUCCUGCAGCUCAGCAGGCUCCGCUGAGCACCAAGCCAUCAGCCAAAGCAUGUCCCAGGAUUUGAGCCAGCUGCCUGGCCAGGAUGAGCUGGAGUUUCCUGACACGGCUCCUGGAGGAGAUCAACAACCACUCAACCUUUGUGGGCAAGAUCUGGCUGACCGUCCUCAUCGUCUUCCGCAUUGUGCUGACAGCUGUGGGGGGCGAGUCCAUCUACUAUGAUGAGCAGAGCAAGUUUGUCUGCAACACGCAGCAGCCUGGCUGUGAGAACGUCUGCUAUGAUGCCUUUGCCCCACUAUCCCACGUCCGCUUCUGGAUCUUCCAGAUCAUUAUGGUGGCCACGCCGUCUGUGCUCUACCUGGGCUUUGCCGUGCACCGCAUUGCUCGCAUGCCUGAGUCCUCACGGCGCCGGGCACCGGCAGCCCGGCGGGCACGCAUGCCGGUGGUGCGCCGGGGAGCCGGGCGGGACUACGAGGAGGCAGAGGAUGAUAACGAAGAAGACCCCAUGAUCUUUGAGGAGAUCGAGGUGGAGAAGGAGAAGAGCCCAGAGAGUGGAGAGAAGCAUGAUGGCCGGCGCCGCAUCAAGCAGGAUGGGCUGAUGCGUGCCUAUGUCUUGCACCUGCUGUGCCGCUCAGUGCUGGAGAUAGCUUUCCUCUUUGGGCAGUACCUCCUGUACCGCUUCGAGGUGAGCCCCUCCUAUGUCUGCAGCCGCAGCCCCUGCCCGCACACUGUCGACUGCUUUGUCUCCCGUCCCACCGAGAAGACCAUCUUCCUCCUCAUCAUGUAUGCUGUCAGUGGGCUCUGCCUCUUCCUUAACCUCUGCGAGCUGGUGCACCUUGGCGUGGGGCGCAUCCGCGAUGCCCUGAGCCAGCACGACAGCUCCUCACUCCCGCCCGGCAGCAGCCCUGCACCACAGUACCCCAAGAAAGCCCCCAGCGCACCCCCCACCUACCACUCUCUGAAGAAGGAGCCGCCACGAGCCCUGCUGCCAUCAGACAAGCUGGACUACCAGGAGAGCCUGGCACAGGCGGCCGUGGGGCGCUUCACCCUGGCUGGGGCUCCCCCAGCACACGAGCUGGACCGGUUGCGCGAGCACCUGCGCCUGGCCCAGGAGCACCUGGAGGUGGCCUUCCACCUGCAGCCCCCCCUGCGGCCCCCCAGCCCUGCCCGCAGCAGCAGCCCCGAGGCCAACGGCAUCGCCGCUGAGCAGAACCGCCUCAACCUCGCCCAUGAGAAGGGGACCACUGCCUGUGAGAGGACCACAGGGCUGUGAGUGCCACCAGGGAUGACAGCGGUGUCUGCUGGAGUGACUGCCACUGCCACCGUGGGACAGGCAGUCUGCCAGGAGCGUGGGACGGAGAGUGACAUGUGCCUGUCUGUCGGGGCUGACUGGGCAGCCCUGUCCCUGUGGGUAGCAACAGGGAUGGGGGCUUUGGGGACAUUCCUACUUAAUUUUCACAAAGGGAAUAUCUUAUUUUUGUACAUUUUUAUAAACUUGUUAGUGUGUGCACCCUGGCAUUUUUAUAAUCUGCUCCCGACCCCUGCUCUGGGUCUGUGUCCCCCGGUCUCCUGUUCCACCCUCCCACACAAGUGUCUUCUGCUCGUGCCUUCCCGUGCCCUCCGCACCCACUUGUCACCCGCUGAUGCACCAGCUGGUGCGGGGGAUGCAUGGGCUGCACCAGUGAUGCCGGUAUUGCCCCACACCAUGGGAGUCUGGCUGGCCAGCCUGAACCAUGGGGCAGGGUGUUGGUAUGGCAUUGUGCUUGAGGCAGAGAAGACUGUGAGGACUAGAAAGGGAGGGACAGGGGAUCCUGGUGUGGCUGCUGCCAGAAGGUGCUGAUGCGGCCAGGGGGCCGUGCUGCACAGCGUCCUGGCGCAGGGUUGUGAGCCGCAGGGCUGGGCUGCUGGGGAAUGUCUGUGCAAAGAGCAAGGGCUGUCCUUCUGCCCUUCCCACUGCCUCUGCCCUGCUCCCGGCCGGCUGCACUGGACCAAAGCCCAUCCCCUCCCACUUUGGCUGUGGGGCCAGGACCCCCAGUGUGGGGCCGGACCAUGGUCCCAUGGCAGGGAGACACAGCACCCCGAGCCAGGCUUGGCUGGGAACCAGCGGGGCAUUUCUCAUCAUCUCAGCCAGGGCCACAUGGGGACUUUUGUAGCGUUGUUUUUUACUCGGAAAUGAUGAUUGUCACUCUGGUUUUAGUUCUUUUUUUUUUUUUAAUAUCUAUAUUAGUAAAGACUGGAGACGUUUUGUACUGAA